AACACUAUCAUCUCUCCCUCACAGACCCAACACAACCAACCCAGCCACCAUCAAUGAAGCCUACUGAUCAAAACCACAGAAGAUCAACGCCACUGAUCAAACAAUCCCAAAACCCAAACAAGCCACACAAAAUUCCCAAAACCCACUGAUCAAACAAAGAAUAAAAAAGGAUCAAAGAGCAAUUCGAAUUCGGAUGCCCAUUUGCAAUUUGUUAGUUUCUAGAAGUUGGGUACUUAUAAUAAGCUCGAAUUUUAACUUCCAAGAUUGAAAUGGACAGGUUCCGGCAAGAGAAACUACAGAGAUAUGAGGAAUUUAUUGAUAAACGCUUGAAACCAGAUCUUGUUCACGCUAUCGCUGAGCGGGACAAGGUCUUUGAACAGCAAAAAACUUUCUCAGAUUUACGAAAGAACAUAGAGAAUCUAGAGAAAAAUAGUGUAACCAGUCUUAGGACAUUGGUCAAUCUUGGUUCUGAAGUGUACAUGCAAGCUGAUGUGCCAGAUACACAGCGCAUAUUUGUGGAUAUUGGACUAGGAUUCCACGUGGAGUUCACCUGGUCUGAGGCUUUAAAUUUUAUAUCGCAAAGGGAAGAAAGGUUGGCAAGGCAAAUAGAGGAAUAUACUCGACUUAUUGCAUCUAUUAAAGCCCAGAUAAAGCUGGUUUAUGAAGGGAUUCGGGAGUUACUUCAACUUCCAGCAGAGAGAUCUGUACAAGGUCCUGUAUUUUAAGAUUCGACUUACAUGACUUGCACUGCCUUAAGAAGAAAGGAAAAAAUUGUAGAAACUGAAAAACAAAGAUUUUUGGCAAUGCAAAAUAUUACUCUGCAGUUUACACGGUUCUUUUUUGGCGCCA